CAGAGUUAGAGGUAGAAAAAGAGUAGAGUGAAAGUACCGCUUUGUACUCCAGGAGACUGAUAACGUUAACACACCGUCUUUGUCAUGAACUCACAGGUGGUGACCAACCCAGAGGAUAUUGCCAGGCUCUACAGAGAGCUCAGCCUCUUCCCUUCUUUGAGCAGAGCAGACGUAGGACAUGUGGUUACCUCUCAGUAUGGAGGCAAAUACAGCAACAUCUACACAGAAUGGAGCCAACGUGACCUGGACAGGAAUGAAAAUGUCAAAUUUUGCAGACAGUACAUCGUAUUUCAUGAUGACAAGUCGGUGGUGUACUCUGGAGCCUCAGGAAACUGCACUGAGAUCAAAGGAGAGCUGCAGAGCAAGGAUUCACCCUCAGGUGACAUGAAGGCUGUGGUCAGAGAGUGCACAAUCAAAGGAGAGGACAAACAGUUUCUGGAGAUCUGGAGUAAAAACAUAAAGAUGAAAAGCAUAAAUCUAACAGCCUUAAAAAAACAUGGCAAAGUCUAUGAAGAUGACCAGUUUGGCUGCUUGGUGUGGUCCCACUCUGAGACACAUCUCUUGUAUGUGGCAGAAAGGAAGAGACCUAAGGCAAAAUCCUUCUUCCAGAGUGAGUCACCAGAGUUGUCUUCUAUUGGGGACGAGGAGGAGACAGUGAGAAGCGAGGAAAAGGAGACUGUGAAAGGAGAGCAGUUUGUCUUCCAUGAGGACUGGGGAGAGGGGCUGGUUGGUAAAAGCUGUCCAGUGCUUUGUGUUUUGGACAUCGAGGGUGACAACGUCUCUGUGUUAGAGGGCGUACCUGACAAUAUCUCACCUGGACAGGCAUUUUGGGCUCCAGGUGACACAGGCGUGGUGUUUGUUGGUUGGUUGCAUGAGCCUUUCAGAUGUGGCCUCACGUUCUGCCCCAACAGGAGUUCGUCUUUGUACUAUGUGGAUCUUACUGGUGGGAAAUGUGAGCAGCUAACAUCAGGCACCAGUGCAGUGAGCUCCCCCAGGCUGAGCCCAGACCAGUGUCGGAUUGUCUACCUGGAAUGUGCUGUCUUUGGCCCGCACAUGCAGUGCAGCAGGCUCUGCAUGUUUGACUGGUACACUAAGAAGACCUCCGUGGUGGUGGAUGUGGUGAAUAGACCUGGAGAAGAUGGCUUUACUGGCAUCUACAGCUCUCGGUUGUCCCGUCAGUGCUGGUCAGCUGACAGUCAGCGUGUUAUUGUUUCCUGCCCUCAGCGCAGCCGCAAGGAUCUGUUGAUGGUGGAUACAAGCACAGGGAGCGUCACCUCUCUGACUUCAAAGUUUGACGUUGGUAGCUGGUGUCUGCUGAACAUAGAGAGAGAUCUGAUGGUGGUCAGCUGCUCCUCUCCAAACUGCCCUCCACGUCUGAGGGUAGGUUUCCUCCCACCCAGAGAUUCUCAGGAGGAAGUGGUCUGGGUUACUUUGGAAGACUCUCAGAUGUUACCAGAAAUUGAUUGGCAGAUCUUGACUUUCACCCCUCCACCAGAGCAAGACAACAGUCAAUACCCCGGCCUUGAUUUUGAAGCUUUGCUGAUCAAACCAAAGGAAGUGAAAGAUGGAGUGAAGCUGCCUCUCAUCGUGACUCCUCAUGGGGGUCCUCACUCAGUGUUU